AUGACCGAGGCCGGGCUGAAUACCGUCAAUCUGUCCGACCUGAAUACGUUCCAGCAGUUCAUGCUUUUUUUCCUUAUUAUGAUCGGCUCUGCCAUAUUCGUCUCAGCAUUUGUGGUUCAAGUUCGGAUGAGAGCGUUCGAGCAUCGGUUCGAGCACAUAGCAGAGCAGCGUCGACAGAGAGCGGAGCGUGUCAGGCGCCGAUCAAGGUCUUUUGCACACCGCAUCUCGAGGAGCAUUUCCAGAUCAGGCACAAGAGACGAGCAGGAUAAUGCUGGCCUUUCGAAGAGCGAGCGUCGCAAGUCCAUAGUACAGGAUGCAGAGGGAGGCCUCCACACUAACCAUGUCGCCAACGAGGAUACGGCUUAUGGGAAGGGGCAAGCUGAUCCGGACAGAGAUAGCGCAUCCAUUGUGGCCGAUGGCAAUGUUAGGCCGGUGGAACAGGAGCAACUCACUUUGUCGACACGACCGCACCUCAUUAUGUCUCGCAGGGAGACCGUUGAUGAAAUCCAUGUGGACCCGAUUUCAAGUCCUGAGACUGGCGUCCCAACCCACAUCUCCUUUCUGCCGAACACAGAUCAUCGCAAGGGACCCAGCUUGGACCCCCGGUAUCUUCAACACCGGUUCAUGGGCGAAGGUGCGGACUCGCACGCAAUGAUCAAGCGCCGUCCGCAAACAAGCGCUUCUGCUGUCACAGUCGACUGCCAGUCUGAUGCUGCAACAGUACUCUCGACUAACCACUUACCAUUCGCUUCAUCUGGCAUACUCUCGCGAAACUCGCACUUCCAUCAUCUAACGGAAGUAGAGCGGGAUGAACUUGGUGGCUACGAAUAUCGUGCUGUGAAUUUGCUUUCAUGGCUUGUGCCCGCCUAUUAUAUUCUUUUCCAACUCUUCGGCUGCGUUGGCCUGGGGGUGUACGUUGCUAUGAACAAGUCUUUGGUCACUCGAGCAAACGGCCUUAAUCCAUGGUGGGUGGGCGCCUUUAAUGCAGUGUCCGCCUUCAACAACUCAGGCAUGUCACUACUCGAUGCGAACAUGGUGGCCUUUCAAAAAUCUGCGUACUUGUUGAUCACCAUGGGGCUGCUCAUCCUCGCCGGAAACACCGCGUAUCCGGUUUUCCUCCGCUUAAUUGUCUGGACAUCUUUGAAGCUAGUCCCCAGCAAUGAGCGCUUUGAAGACUUUCGUAAAACGCUACAUUUCCUCCUCGAUCAUCCACGACGCUGCUACACCAAUAUGUUCCCAUCCCGCCACAACUGGUGGCUCCUAGCCUGCCUCGUCUGCCUCAACGGCAUCGAUUGGGCUGCCUUCGAAAUCCUCAACAUCGGUAACACCGACAUCACCGGCGACCUCUCCACCGGCCACGAAGUCCUCGUCGGGCUCUUCCAAGCCCUCGCAGUCCGCAGCGGUGGCUUCUACGUCGUUCCCAUCGCGCUCCUCCCCAUCGCCUUACAGGUUCUGUAUGUGAUCAUGAUGUAUAUCUCCGUAUAUCCUGUCGUCAUCACAAUGCGCAAUAGCAAUGUCUACGAGGAGCGCAGUCUGGGAAUCUACACCGACGACCCUGGGUACGCUGCCAGCCAGGCUCGCGCCGGCGGUAUCCUCGGGAAGCUCCGUAGAAAAGUCACGGGCGAAGCGUUCGAACACACGAAGAGUUACUUUGUGAGACAGCAACUCCGCGCACAACUCGCGCACGACUUGUGGUCCCUUGUCCUUGCCGUCUUCCUCAUCAUGAUCAUCGAGGGAUCGAACUUCAAAGCGCACCCGGCUGAGUUUAGCGUUUUCAACGUUGUAUUUGAGACUGUCUCCGCGUAUGGGUGCGUCGGCAUCUCAGUCGGCUUCCCGGGGUCGGACUAUAGCUUUUCGGGUAGCUUGCACGUGCUCAGCAAGCUUGUGCUUUGUGCGGUCAUGAUCAGAGGACGACAUCGUGGGCUGCCGGUUGCGAUCGAUAAAGCGGUGUUGUUGCCUGGGGAAGGGGUGGAUGAGGCGGAAGAGGAAGAUGGAGAGAUUAUGAUGGAAAGAACGAUGAGUAGGGGAGGAUCGUUUAAGCGUUGA